AUGUCCACCGUUAUUGCGACAGUUGCUAGGCCGAACGAUGCCUGGCUGAGGAUCAUCAUCGCUUCUCUUCUGAACUAUGUAUCUUUCAUCAACGCCACGAAGGCCCUCGAGCCGACCCUUGCACCUUUCCGAGACUCUCAAGGAGCGCUGGGUUCAACAUCGUCGCGAACUUGGAGCGCACGAAAAUGGCGGGUCAUCAAGAUCCAGGUGUUUGGCAUGGGUGUUGCUCUUGCUCUUGCCAUUUCCCAACUUGCCUCGUCGGAAACGGAACCAUACUUCUUGGUCUUGGAAUGCUUUUCUUGCCUUGCAACAAAGCUUGUUGCCAACGGGCUGUCCUUGCGCAGACCACGGGGAAAGUGGCAGUCCUUGUCGACGAAGACGACUGACGUUCUUACGGAGUUUCAGCCUUUCGAACAUCUUCCCAGCCCUUACAAGGCUCCAAUUUCUCUUUUUGUAGCCCUAUUGCUGGGGUUAUGGAAAUGGACAUUGUCAACACUACCGGUCGCGGAGAGUGCCAUACACGCCAUCAAAAGGGAUAUUCCAUCUAACACGGGCUCAGAGUGGGGGUCGUCAUUGACAAGUGCAGUGAUCGGUGCUGGUGUCACGCUGGCGUGUCACGUCCACAGGACAUUGCUGGACCAUUAUCAACGGACUACAAACGCUGCUGUCAUUGAGCAGCAAAGAGUAGAGUCGGAGAAGUUGACGGCUACUCUCAUUCAGCUGGCCGUACUUGCCGAAAAGUUCCUUGGUUCGGGUACGCUGGCAGUCGAAGCACACCGUUUAACAGCGGCAUUGAACCAACAGCUUACCACAAACACACAGCAACUGUCUACCACUAGCACGCUGCAUCAUUGCAAGACAAACGGCCAAUCUUGGGUUGCAUCUGGAAAUACCGGUUCGGCAUUGGAAUCCAGAGUAGACUGUAUUGAGAUGGAUAACCUUCCUGCCCAACCCUCUCGCACAGUCUAG